ACUGAUGAGUGUGUUAACAUUUUUAUAAACGGCAAACAAACAUCGGUGCCAAAAUACUUCACCGUCCUUCAAGCGCUACGCAGCGAAGGUGUAACGAUACCGACGUUCUGCUACCACGAGCGCCUGUCCAUCGCCGGAAACUGCAGGAUGUGCCUGGUAGAGAUAGAGGGUUGGAUCAAACCGCAGAUAGCGUGCUCGACUCCGGUAGCAGACAAAAUGAAAAUACGAACGAACUCCGACAUGACGCUGAAAGCUCAGGAGGGAGUGCUGGAAUUUAUUCUGAUAGACCAUCCUCUCGACUGUCCUAUAUGCGACCAGGGCGGGGAAUGUGAUUUGCAAGAUCUGACGAUGAGGUUCGGCAGCGAUCGAACACGCUUCACCGAUAUCCAUUUCAAGGGAAAGAGGGCGGUCGAAAGUUGCGAUUUAGGUCCGUUGAUACGUACAGAAAUGACUAGGUGCAUCCACUGCACCCGCUGCAUAAGAUUCGCCUCGCAGAUGUGUGGGGUGGAAGUGCUGGGUUCGACUGGACGCGGCGGUGAUAUGCUGAUCGGAACUUACGUCGAUAAAUCAUUCCUCUCCGAGCUAUCUGGUAACGUUAUCGAUUUAUGUCCCGUGGGAGCGCUGACGUCCAAGCCUUACAUGUUCAAGGCGAGACCCUGGGAAGUCAAAAGAACUGGUUCCAUAGACGUUACAGACGCGACAGGAACCAAUAUAAUAUUGAACCAUAAAAGUGAUAGAGUCCUAAGAGUGCUGCCUCGAGAAAACGAGGAAGUGAACCAGGAGUGGCUUUCUGACAAAGGACGUUGGGCCGUCGACUCCGUUGAAAUGCAGAGGUUGGUCACACCUAUGUAUAGAUGUGGUAACAGUUUGUUUGAAGCCGACUGGAAAGUUGUUUUGCGACAGAUUGGGAAUGUCCUGUGUUGUACCAAUCCAACAAGAAUCAUGGCAGUCGCCGGUCCCCAUACCAAUGUAGAGACGCUGGUAGCUACGAAGGAUUUAUUGAACGCACUGGGUUGUGAACACACGUAUGUUGAACGCGAUUUCAGUUACUCCUUAGCGGACGUCGACAUACGAGCAGGGUUCUGUUUGAACAACAAAAUGAAAAAUACAGCAGAAGCCGAUAAAAUCUUGCUCGUAGGCACUAAUCCAAGAUUUGAAGCUCCGAUACUAAAUGCCUGGAUAAGACAAGCGUAUUUACAAAACGAGUGCGACGUAUACGUUGUCGGUCCCAACUGUGAUUACAAUUAUCCUGUCAAUUACUUGGGAGAAGAUCUAGAGGCAUUGUCGUGUGCCCAGCAGUAUAUCCAAGGUAGUAAGCACCCGUUGAUAUUCGUAGGUGUGGAUCAACUCGGGACAUCUUACGCCUCACAGAUUAUGCACCAAGUAAUGACCUUGACGUCAUCAUUGCAAGUAGAAGAAGACUGGCAGGUGAUAAACAUCGUCACAAAAGAAGCGAGCUUCGCUGGAGCUCUAGAAUGUGGAUGGAAGCCGGGAGCAUUAAAGGCAUUAGAAAGCAUUAACCCAGUCGUAGUUAUAUCGCUAGGAGCAGAUGAGAUAUUUCAUACUUGGGAUCCCGGGUACCAUGUUAAGAUAAUCUACAUCGGAUUUCAAGGGGACAAAUGUUCCGAUCUCGCGUCUUUUGUUCUGCCUGGUAGCGCAUACACGGAGGCUGGAGGGAUCUUCCUGAAUAUGGAAGGUCGGUCGCAACUAGCCCAGCGCGCAGUCACGCCGCCAGGGAAAGCUCGGCACGAUUGGAAGAUCGUACGAGCGAUUGCAGAAUAUACCGGAGUUGACUUAAAAUAUAGCGACGAGACAGAACUAUGGAGGAGGCUCGCGGAGAUCAGUCCUAAUCUUCUCAACGUAGACAAAUAUCAACCAAAGUUGUUCACAGAUUUACUACUGCCUUUAAUUCCAUGUGAGAAGCUAGAAUCGUGCGCCCCUGGUUCUCUUAAAGUAGAAAUGAAGACGCUAAGAGAUUACUACUGUUCAGAUAUCUUCUCAUCUAAUUCACCGACAAUGGUAAAAGCUUAUAAAGCUGCUAAGCAAUUAGAACGAUCUGCAUUUGCCAGAAUAUGA